CUGGGGUUUUACUGGUGUCUGGAGGCUUGUGUGGAGUCUAGAGCUCGGUCAGUGGGAAUGGGUGUGGCUGCAGUCUGCGAGGCCCGGGAGUCCCGCCCACCCGUGUGUUUGAGCAGCUCACCUGGCAACAGGUGGGCCUGACAGUUUGCUUUUCCAGGCUCUUCUGCCAUCCAUAUCUUUAGGACACUAUGGCGCUGUUCAGGCCCGUGGCACUGCUCCUUGCUCUGGUUGUCUCUGGCCUCCACUGCCUACCCUGGUCCAUAAGUAUCUCUGAGAGACGGGGGCCCAGCGCCGCCCUUCAGUCUUUCUCCUUGAACUGCUCUUCACACAUGCCCACCUUGAAGUUGCUGCAUGUUCAGCCACCCACUACCUUCUUCGACACACUCAACAUCAGCGUAACCAUGUGGCAGGGGAUCUAUAUGGGAAAGCUGACCUUGGACAACUUGACCCGGCUGGACACCCUGGCUGUGAACCACUACGAGCUACAGCUGCAGGUCACAUGUGGCACCCUUGUGAUGGAAGGACCACUCUCCGUUGAUGUGCAGCGGGACCCUGACCAUAUCCAAUGUGCUGCCCGAUUCGUCAGCCCAGUCAUCCAGGUGCUGGAAACCGUCACACCUGGGGCCAGACUGUACACUCUGCUGCUCCCAGACCUAGGACUCCAGGGAGCCCAGAUAAACAUCACCAGUGCCCAGGACCCCCCACACUUCCCUGGGCCUUUCUCCAUCAAUGGGCAGGGCUGGCUGCAGGCACCACCCCAGGGCCUCAAAGGCCAGGCUCCAAAGACCUUCCAGCUUCAGAUCCUGGUGACCUUGGGAGCAAGCCGGAGCUGCCGAGGGAUGCUCACAGUGAAGGUUUUGUCUGCUCCUUCCAGCCGGGUCUCCUUCCUGGAGCAGAACCGGAACAUCGCCAUCCCCGAGGACCUGGUGCCUGGGAGUAAGGUGGUUCAGGUUCAGGCCCGGGGCUGGGACGUGCGCUACGAAAUCCUCUCUCCUGUGCCCUGCCCGCUCUUCUCCAUCGGACCCGCGGAUGGCGUGAUUCGGACCACUGGGCCCCUAUACUUGGCACUGGCCCCAGGCGCGGCGGUCACUGUGCUGCAGGUGAAGGCCUUCGAGCGGCUCCUGCCGUGGGCCAGCGUCCAGCUGGAUCUCACCGUGAAUGUGACUCCGGUCAACCGCUGGCCCCCACGCUGCCACCCAGCUCUUCUGGUGACUCAAGUCCCGGAGACUGUGCCUGUGGGCGCCAUGCUGAGCACCUUCACCUGUGCUGACCCGGACUCUCCUGCCUCCACCCUUGACUACGAGCUGCGGUUUCACGGCCCUCCGGGGCUGUCUAGCCUCUGCCUUAGCGACAGGGAUCUGAAGGUGAAUGCCACGCUGGACUGUGAUGCUCCUGGGGCCUGCUUUCAGCUCACAGCCUCCAUCCUGGUGUUCGAUGGUGGUCAGCCCCCGAUGACCACCGAGGUGCCAGUGCUGGUGACGGUGACACCCGUCAACGAGUUCUCCCCAGCCUGUGCUCCACGUGUGUUCCGGGUUCGCGAGGAUGCGGGGCCGCGCACCCUGCUGGGCUCUGUGGUGGGCACAGACAUGGAUUACCCGCGUGACAGGGUAGAGUACUACAGCUCUGGCGGGGCUGCCACCUUCUCCGUGGACCGCCUCAGUGGAGAGGUUCGCCUCCUGGGGCCUCUGGACUACGAGCAGCAGAGGCUGCACAGGCUCACCGUCCUGGUGACCGACCAGAGCGGAGACCCGGACUCCAUCCGCCACCGCACUGGCUCCUGCACCGUGACCAUCGAGGUGGAGGAUGUGAAUGACCAUGCUCCGGAGUGUGAGCCCCCGUUUCAGGAACUCACCGUCCACACCUUCCCAGGCCGUAGCUUGGAGGUGACCAAGGUGUCAUGUUGGGUCCCUCAGGAGCCACAGCGCCUGGCUUUCUCCUACAGCAUCGUGGGAGGGAACAGUCAGAGCCGAUUCAACCUGCAAGGGGCCAUCCUGGUGCACAGCGACCUUGCGUCGGGGCCCCCCUGGCCAGAGCAGCCCCACACUUAUGAGCUACUGAUCCGUGUGGCCGACGCAGGCCCUUCCAUCCCCCACCUCAGCACCACAGCUAUCGUCAUUGUGCAUCUGGUCCCCUGGAGGGCCAGCACAGAGGCCACCAGCACCCACAGAGCCACAGUGCCUUCCACGAGGAUGCCCCUGCUCGUGACCGACACAGAGGCUUUCUGGCAGCCGGAGCCCUGGUUUGUGGUGGCACUGACAGUGACCGGUGCCCUUCUCCUCCUGACUCUGGGCUGUCUCCUCAGCAGGCUCCGCCGGGGGUUGGCCCGGGGGCUACAGACACCAAGCACACCAGCCCAGGCUCCGCCACUGAAUAGCAUCCCGGGAACGGAGGGGUCCACUGAGGCACCGAGGAUGGAGACGCGGCGGGCCCCCAGCGGCAUCAGGAGCCUCCAUUUUGAUGGCAGAGCACAGGACUCCCGCACAGGCAGAGAUUACCUGUUCAGCACUCGCACGGGAGCCCGGCGCUGGCUCUGAGGCCAAGAAGUUUCUUCGCUGUGUGGGAAUCUCUCCACA